AUUUCUGAUUCAGUGCUUGCGAUGAAAAAACAAAAACGGCGCACUUGAAACACCUCAUCCCAGAUUGUACGGUCUACUUAAGAAUUUGUGCCAGUUUUGAGAUACCAACAACUGACAGUGUAAAAAAAUCUAUAUACGACCACAUAAAAUCGAUAAUCGAAAAGUUUUAUUUGAAAAAAAAAAUCCGAGUUUUCGGUUUCGGAUAAAGUUAUUUUUAAACUUUAUUUACAACAUAAAUUAGUAGUGUUUAUGCUUUUCCGCGAUCAAGUCGACUAAAAUUGUUAUCAAUCCAUGGGAAAAACACAUGAAAUUGUUUUAAAUUUGAAAAGGACAACCCCUACCGAAAAUUGGGGAUUCAGUUUAGUUGGAGGUUCUGACGUUAAAACACCCUUAAUCGUUACUAAAGUGGGGUUCGGAUCACCCGUAGAUGGUGUCCUCCACAGAGGCGACAUCAUCUCUAAAGUAGGCAACUACGAUUCCAGAGAUAUUCGUCAUCAAGAUGCGCAAAAUUUGUUCAAAAACGCCGGAAAUAACAUUCGAGUAGUAGUACAGAGAGAAGUCGCUCCACGAAGUACUGGUUCCUCAAGAACAAGUUCACACAAUUAUAGUCCCCUCUCAGUCUCCCCACACCUUUCACCUAAAGGUUACACUUCAUCUUCGGGUUACAGUCCUGCGGGUUCUGCCCUAACACCUUAUUAUUCGUCCCCUCUUACCCCUAUCGAUAAUAAUUAUUUUGAAGCCAACGAAUAUGGAACGACUAGACGAGAAGACGACGACCAGAAGGAUAUCCACGUUACACAACAACCGUAUCGUACAACCCCUUUGGUACUUCCUGGUGCAAAAGUGAAACGAGAUCAGGGUCCAACGGAAAGCUACCUUCGUCACCAUCCAAAUCCUUCAGUUAGAGCUCCUCCCCAACAUUUGGAUACCGAUUACAUUAUCCGACAAAAGGUUGCUUCCUCGGUUUUAGAUAGAAUUUCAACUGGCGAUCCAAAUAAACAGCUUGUACAUAAACAAUUUAAUUCUCCAAUCAACUUAUACAGUGAACCAAAUGUUGUCGAUACUAUUCAGAAGCAGACGGGGUUGAAACCACAAGUUCGUAGACAAGUGAAAUUCAAUCCUUCCGAAAGCGAAACGUACAAGGCGUUGCAAGAAGAAGAACUAGGUGAUAAUAUUCAAGAAGUCACUGUACCGCCACAAAGUAAAGUUUACGCGCCAAAUAAAACGAUUCCUGGCAAGAAACCAACUUUGGUCGUAAAUCAGAACCCCCAGUACGGCAACGCUCUCGGUAACGAUCCGGAUGUAAUCCAGCAGAGCGGCUCCUUCAAGAGAUUGAUGUGGAGUGUCCUCCCUGGUAGCCAAUUUUGAAAAAAAAAUAACCCCAAACUAUCAAAAGUCUGGUAACAAACAGUUUCACAGUGAAAUAGUCGACACUCGAUUAUUUCACGGUUAAACGAAUAAAAAAAAAUUAAAUUGGAUGAAUAUUUCGGCAAUAUUCAUUGAUCGGUAUAUUAAUUAGAAUAAUAUUUAUCAGAUUAAUGAAUAUGUAUAUGAAUGACUAUAUAAACAUAUCCAUUAAUAUAUGAAUAUUCGCUUGAAUAUUCAUCCAACUCAUAUACUGAAUAUUUCAAAAAUAUUCAUUAAUUAAUAUGAAUACCUAUCAAAUUAAUUAACCUAAAAAUGCAAACACGUAAAGCCAUCUUUGAUAAACGCAAGGUAAAUGAACUUGAUAGAUAUUUAGUAGCGUUUUUUGUGAAUAAAAUCAAUUUAUUUGCUUUCGGCAAAUAUAAUUUGAUGUCGUUGUUUAAUUUAUUUUCGUUUUUGUUAUUUUGUUGGAAAAUUCAUUAAAAAAAAAACGAGUGUAAUCUAGUCACGAAUAUUAAAAUUUAGGAUUUAAGUUUCGUAGAAUAAUAUUUACGCUACAAUAAAUUUUAUUUUUAACUUUGAAAUGCUUCACGUUGUAAGUUCAAUAUUGUUAAAAGGAUUGUUAUUUAAUUUAUUAUAAAUAUAUCUAUACUAUGUUUACAUCCAGCUUUAGAAAUAUAUAUAUAUAUAUAUAUAUUUUUUUUCUGAAA